AUGCAGAUCUGGCGUCGGUCCUUUGUCACAUCGGUCGCAAGGCUAAACUCCAGGCCUGCGACGACGGCGUGCGGGCCCACGCUCCUCCGGUGCGCGCAACUCCUCGACAAGAGCCGCACAUGCCCCAAAAGUGUGGAAGAACAUGAAAUCAGACUUCAAGGACAUGUCGAUCAUGUCCGACACCACAAGCGCUUUACUUUCAUAGAAAUCGCCGAUGGAUCGACGACCGAGCCUGUGCAGGCGAUCAUGAGCACGGAACAAGCCUCCAAUUUGACCGGGGGAACAACAGUGGAACUUACAGGAUUGUGGAAAGCAUGUCCUCAAGGCAAAUUACAGGCGCAUGAGCUACGAACAACGUCGGUAGAAGUUGUGGGCAAAACGUCUGCUGAGUCCUAUCCUAUCCAAAAGAAAUUCCAGACCGCCGAAUUCCUCCGACAAAUACCCCAUCUCCGUAUGCGAACGCCCUUCAACUCCCUUCUCGCGCGGCUCCGGUCAGAGGUCCUAUACCAGCUUGCAAAUGUAUUCCGCAGUGCUCCGAAUGGGGGAUUCGUGCAGGUGCAGCCACCAGUUAUUACAUCGUCGGAUUGCGAAGGCGCAGGGGAAACGUUCACCGUCAUACCACGCGAGGCAUUGAAAGGAUCAGAACACCCAGCCGGCAGCGAAAACUUCUUCCGCACACCCAAGUACCUUACCGUGUCAUCGCAGCUGCAUCUGGAGGCCUACGCAGCCGAGCUAGGUAACGUGUGGACAUUGUCGCCCAGUUUCCGGGCCGAGAAGAGCAAUACGCCGCGCCACCUCAGCGAGUUCUACAUGUUGGAGGCAGAGGCGUAUUUCAUGCAGGACCUAGCCUCGCUGACAGAUCUCGUCGAACACACACUCCGGGACCUCGUGCGCCGGCUUCACGACACCCCCGUCGGACAAGAACUCCUAGACUACAAGCGACCGAGCGAGACCGGUGAGGGGUCGACCACGCCCAACCUCCGCCAGCGCUGGCGCGACCUGAUGGACGGGCCCAAGUGGCGACGCAUGACCUACACCGAAGCGAUCGAGAAGCUUCAGGAGGCUGUCGCCACGGGCGGCGCCUCAUUCACGCACGCGCCCACGUGGUCGAAGGGGCUCCAACUCGAACACGAGAAAUACAUCGUAGAUGUGCUCAACCACGGUCAGCCGGUCUUUGUAACAGACUACCCGAAAGCCAUCAAGCCGUUUUACAUGGCACCGUCCAGCAGCAGCAGCAGCAGCAGCAGCAGCAGCAGUGCCGCCACCGAGAGUGGCAGCGGCGAAACCGUCGCGUGCUUUGACCUCCUUCUACCGGAAGUCAGCGAAGUUGCAGGCGGGUCCCUCCGCGAGCACCGCCUCCCAGAGCUCAUCCAGAACAUGCGUGACCACGGCCUGCUCAAGCACACGGCUGCCGAGGAGGGCGAGCAGCUUAACUCCCCUUCGAAAGACCUUUACCCUCAUCUCCAAUCCGGGGAAAGCCUAGCGCACCUCGAAUGGUACGCCGACCUCCGGCGCUGGGGCACGGCGCCGCACGGCGGAUUCGGAAUGGGCUUUGAUCGGUUCUUGGGCUACUUGGCCGGGGUAUCUAAUGUGCGAGACGUGGUAGCGUUUCCUCGCUACACUGGACGAGCAGAUUGUUAGCCCUCGUUCGUUUCACCUCUCUCCCUCUUCCCCCCAAUGCAAAUAGAUGUAUGUAUCUAGGAACGAAAUAAGACCCUCACCAGUGAGAAUGCAC